AUGUUUACUCAAAACAUUAUCAUCUUGGUGUUAUGCUUAGUACUGGGCGCUAGUGCCUACUCAUACGGCCCGUACCCACCACCGCCGCCGCCGCCCACAUCCUACCCGUAUAACCCAUACCAGUCGGGCCCGUAUCAGCCCAACCCAUACCAGCCAACUGUCCAUGAUACAACUCAGUACGCCAUGCAAUCGGACGAUGAAAUGGGCAUGCAGAUUUUGUUUUUCAGUAGAAAAAACAACAAGACCGCUUACGUUAUUACCAAGGCCGGUGGCAUGGACAUUUGGAAAGGGUCCAAUUAUAACGCUAAUAAUCCGACUAAGUUUAUUGUACAUGGUUUUGCCGAUACGGCGUGGGCUGUAUGGAUGCGCAAAAUGAAAGAUGAGUACUUGGCCGCCGGUGAUUACAACGUGAUACUUAUUGAUUGGACAGGCGGUGCUGGUCGACCAUACGGACAGGCCGUGGCCAAUACUAAAAUGUUGGGCAUUGUUAUCGCCAAAGUGACCGAGGACUUAAAAAUUGUGUUUGGCACUAAAUAUAGCGACGUUCACGUGAUCGGUCACUCGUUGGGCGCCCACAUCGCCGGUAUAGCCGGUUCCCGAUUGAAUGGCACAAUUGGUCGCAUUUCCGCUUUAGAUCCAUCAGGACCCAGUUAUGAUGGCCAAACAAACAACCCAGGAAAACUUAGCUAUACAAAUGCUCAAUUUGUGGAUGUAAUUCACACCGACUCGUGCCCAAUAACGGGCAUGGGUACUAUCGAGACUUUAGGCCAUGUUGACUUUUUCCCCAAUGACGGUACUGACCAACCUGGAUGUCCUAACAAUCAACCCAGCGAUAUAUACGGACCGGGUAGAUGCAACACAGCCAGAUCGAUAGAACUGUUUACGGCCAGCAUUAGCAAUGCCAACCCUAAGGGCGUGGCCUAUCAGUGCACCGAUUAUCUCACGUUCAGGUCGGGCAGGUGUUCGUAUAGUAGGAGUGCCAGCGGUCUUAACUAUGCGUUUAUUGGCGAACCCGCUAUAAUAACCAGUGCUUAUACCAAGAACUCACCUGGUGAUCACGAUAAAUGCGCCUGGUCCAACUCGAUGCGUGAUGAAUUUAUGCAUGUCGCUGAUUGUAAUGUAGUUUUUGUUGACUGGAGCGACGGUAAUGCCAGUGACUAUUAUCAGGCGCUAUUUGUGGACGUCAUUCACACAGAUGCUCUUCAAUAUUUAGGCGCUGGUGUAAUUGAAAACUGCGGGCACCUGGACUUUUGGCCAAACAACGGCCAUAAUCACCCGGGCUGUUCAAUGAGCUGGGUGACUGGGUUUUUUAGCACAAUGAAUGGUUUCGGGGCUGGUCUAACAUGCAAUCACGUUCGGGCAGUUGAUUUUUACGUGGCCAGCAUUAAUCUCAACAACCCUAAUGGUGUGGCCAUCCAGUGCCGGGACUAUGACUCAUACCUGGCCGGUGAUUGCGAUGCUAACUGUGCUGAUAGUGUGGCCAACUGUGCUAUUAUCGGCGAACAGGCCAUAUUGUCCGCACCUUAUAAAAACAAUACUGUGGGCACUGUUGCCGGGCAAUCGCAACCACCACUAACUGCCCAACAAUUUACCACCAAGUUCAAUUUGUACACCAGAAACAACCCUGGUGACGCCGAGGUGAUAGAAGAACCAUCGGGCGAAGGCAGCGUGGACAAUUUUGACGCAUCCCGGGUUACCAAGAUCUUGGUGCACGGCUAUGGCGUGGCACCCGAUAAGGGCCAGUCGUGGCAGACCAUGAAAGACGAGUAUUUAAAUGCCGGCGACUAUAAUGUGUUUAUUGUCGACUGGAGUGAAGGCAAUAUUAUACCCUCAUAUGUACAGAGUGAGUCGGGAUUAUCAUUGAGCAAGGUGCAUAUUGUGGGCCAUUCAUUAGGCGCACACGUGUCCGGUUUAACUGGCAAAAAAUUUGGUGGGCGAUUGGGACGUAUUUCUGGAUUAGACCCAGCAGGUCCGACAUUUGAUGGCAAACCCACAACUGAGAAACUCAGCGCAACGGACGCUCAAUUCGUGGACGCUAUACACACGAACGCAAUCCCAACCAUUGGGCUGGGAAUACACGAAAACUCCGGCCAAAUUGACUUUUACCCCGAUGGUGGCAACACAAACCAACCUGGUUGCGUUGUUGACGAGCCACCCAAAGCGGGCGAUAAAGAUCAAUUCCAGAAGGAGUCAUGCAAUCACUUCCGGGCCAUUGACUUAUUCGUGGCCAGUAUUAACCCGGAAAACCCAAAGGGUGUGUCCAGCGAGUGCUCCGACUAUAAAAGAUACGUGGCCACUAAGGGCCAGUGCAAUCGUAACAUGUUUGAUUAUUUCAACAUGUUUUCAAACGACAUACAUCCCAUAAUUGGCGAGCCAGCUGUAUUGUCUAAAUCGUCUAAGAGUAGCACUCUUGGUAAGAAAUUCUACCUGACCACUCGCGCCGAGUAUCCGUAUUUCCUUGGUUAAUUUUAAAAUUAUAUGUUAUUAUGGUGAAUUAAGUGU